AGGCAGACCAUGAUUCAGUAGCCAGCAUAUGAUUCAGCAGAGCUUUGUAUAAAAGUAUAAAGUUCAAAAACAACCCCAAAAAAGCUCGGGAAGUAGUGGAUUGUUUUUAUCCCUCCUGGAAUCACCACUGACAGCACCCAUGAAGUUCUGACAGAAGAACACGCCAGGAUGACAAAGUAGUGUCUUUUAAAGAGCAGCCAACAACAAGCACAUAGGGAAUCUUUCAACAAAUACAGAAUCCAUCUGAGAAUAUGCUGCCACAAAUACUGUUUUUGCUGCUACUAUCCUUGAACUUGGUUCAUGGAGUGUUUUAUGCUGAACGAUAUCAAACACCCACCGGCAUAAAAGGCCCACAACCCAACACCAAGACACAGUUCUUCAUUCCCUACACCAUAAAGAGUAAAGGUAUAGCGGUAAGAGGAGAGCAAGGUGUUCCUGGUCCACCAGGACCCGCUGGACCUCGAGGGCACCCAGGUCCUUCCGGACCACCAGGAAAACCAGGCUACGGAAGUCCUGGACUCCAAGGAGAGCCAGGGUUGCCAGGACCACCAGGACCAUCAGCUGUAGGGAAGCCAGGUGUGCCAGGACUCCCAGGAAAACCAGGAGAGAGAGGACCAUAUGGACCAAAAGGAGAUAUUGGACCAGCUGGCCUACCAGGACCACGGGGCCCACCGGGGCCACCUGGAAUCCCUGGACCAGCAGGUAUUUCUGUGUCAGGAAAACCUGGACAACAAGGACCCACAGGAGCCCCAGGACCCAGGGGCUUUCCUGGAGAAAAGGGUGCACCAGGAGUCCCUGGCAUGAAUGGUCAGAAAGGGGAAAUGGGAUAUGGUGCUCCUGGCCGUCCAGGUGAGAGGGGUCUUCCAGGCCCUCAGGGUCCCAUGGGACCACCUGGCCCUCCUGGAGUGGGAAAAAGAGGUGAAAAUGGGGUUCCAGGACAGCCAGGCAUCAAAGGUGAUAGAGGUUUUCCAGGAGAAAUGGGACCAACUGGCCCACCAGGUCCCCAAGGCCCUCCUGGGGAACGAGGGCCAGAAGGCAUUGGAAAGUCAGGAGCUGCUGGAGCCCCGGGCCAGCCAGGGAUUCCAGGAACAAAAGGUCUCCCUGGGGCUCCAGGAAGAAGUGGGCCCCCAGGGCCUCCUGGCUUUGGGAAACCAGGCUUGCCAGGUCUGAAGGGACAAAGAGGACCUGCCGGCCUUCCUGGGGGUCCAGGUGCCAAAGGGGAACAAGGGCCAGCAGGUCUUCCUGGGAAGCCAGGUCUACCUGGACCCCCUGGGAAUAUGGGACCCCAAGGACCAAAAGGCAUCCCAGGCAACCAUGGUCUCCCAGGUCCUAAAGGUGACACAGGGCCAGCUGGGCCUGCAGGAUACCCUGGGGCUAAGGGUGAAAGGGGCUCCCCUGGGUCAGGUGGAAAACCAGGGUAUCCAGGAGAACCAGGUCUCAGUGGUCCUAAGGGUAACCCAGGGCUACCAGGCCCAAAAGGUGAUCCUGGAGUUGGAGGCCCUCCUGGUCUCCCAGGCCCCAUGGGUCCAGGAGGAGCUAAGGGAAUGCCAGGACACAGUGGAGAGGCUGGUCCAAGAGGUGCCCCUGGAAUACCAGGUAUUAGAGGCCCUAUUGGGCCACCAGGCAUUCCAGGUUUCCCUGGGUCUAAAGGGGAUCCAGGAAAUCCUGGUCCUCCUGGCCCAGCUGGCAUAGCAACUAAGGGCCUCAAUGGACCCACUGGGCCACCAGGGCCUCCAGGUCCAAGAGGCCACUCUGGAGAGCCUGGCCUUCCAGGGCCCCCUGGACCCCCUGGCCCACCAGGUCAAGCAGUCAUGCCUGAAGGUUUUAUAAAGGCAGGCCAAAGGCCCAGUCUUUCUGGGAUGCCACUUGUUAGUGCCAACCAGGGAGUAACAGGAAUGCCCGUGUCUGCUUUUACUGUUAUUCUCUCCAAAGCUUACCCAGCAAUAGGAACUCCCAUCCCAUUUGAUAAGAUUUUGUAUAACAGGCAACAGCAUUAUGACCCAAGGACUGGAAUUUUUACUUGUAGGAUACCAGGAAUAUACUAUUUUUCCUACCACGUGCAUGUGAAAGGGACUCAUGUUUGGGUAGGCCUGUAUAAGAAUGGCACCCCUGUAAUGUACACCUAUGAUGAAUAUAUCAAAGGCUACCUGGAUCAGGCUUCAGGGAGUGCCAUCAUUGAUCUCACAGAAAAUGACCAGGUGUGGCUCCAGCUGCCCAAUGCCGAGUCAAAUGGCCUAUACUCCUCUGAGUACGUCCACUCCUCUUUCUCAGGAUUCCUAGUGGCUCCAAUGUGAGUACACCCUACAGAGCUAAUCUAAAUCUUCUGCUUGAAAAGGCAUUCUCCAACUUUACCCCACCCUACAAAAUGCAUAUGGAGGUAGGCUGAAAAGAAUAUAAUUUUUAUUUUCUGAAAUACAGAUUUGAGUUAUCAGACCAACAAACCUUCCCCCUGAAAAGUGAGCAGCAAUGUAAAAACACAUGUGAAGACCCUCUUGAAUUUCUAGUCAGCAAUCCUAAGGCUCUUUAAAGUUUUCUGUGAAUUCCUUCAAUAUUUAAAAAUAUCACCAAAGAAGUCCUGCUAUGUUAAAAAAAAAAAAAAAAAAACUAUCAA